UUUGAGCAAGAUGUUGAGCUGCUCCAGAAUUAUGCUGCGGCAGGGUCUGUGCACUGGUGCCCGCGCACUAGCAGCUCCUAUCCAGUUCACCAACUACAUCCAUACUACCCAUGUCCAAAAAGACGAGACUUCUGCUUCUGGGGCGCUGAUUGAAGCCGCCAAGGGAAUGAGGGUUAUCCCCACAAGAGGCCAGGCUGCCAAAGAAAAGCUCUACGGUUUCGUCCAAGAUUUGUGUAAACAGAACUUGGGAGAGGAAGGUGCCCGUUACUUCCCCUUCGCCCUUGGUCUCUUCACCACCAUCGGUUUCUGCAAUGUCACAAACCUUCUGCCUUACAUCGAGAUGCCUACUCAGAUUAUCGGGUGCACAGUGGCUAUGAGUACCACUCUGAUCGCUGGGCUCACAAUAAAAUGCAUCGCAAAACACAAGCUGGAUUUCGCCUCGUUCUUCUUCCCUCCUGGAGCACCUGUUGGGUUGGCACUGUUGCUUGUUCCUGUUGAGACGAUCUCAUUCUUCUCUCGGGCUGUCUCCCUUGGAGUUCGUCUUGGAGCUAACCUGACUGCUGGCCACAUGAUCCUGCAUAUCAUCUCUGAUUUCGGUGCCCAGAUGCUGGCUAGCGGAACUGCAGGUGGCGCUAUCGGUGGGGUCCUCUGCACCGCAGCUCUAGUCCCUGUGUGUAUUCUGGAGAUUGCCGUCGCUGUAGUACAGGCCUAUGUGUUCUGUAUGUUGACCACCAUGUACCUGAACGACGCCCACGAGCUUCAUUGAGCAGAUAAACUGAUAAUAAAAUAGUUCUUUUCAUAAAUUAUUCGUUUGAGAUUAUUGUAUGAUGAUGUACUAAUACUUCGACUUCGCUUUUGGUAA